AUGACGAGUUCACAACGUUAUUUGUGCCGAUGUCCCAGCAUUUGUGCCGCGUGCGAUUCGUGCCUGUUGAUGCGUUUUCCAUAUCGUUGCCGAUUUUCAGCGACAAAGCGAUAUGCAGGGACACCGCAGUGGUGUUUUUAUCCAGCGGGCUCGUCCGAGAGCAAGGGCGCGGCGGUGGACGAGGCCAUACAGGACUUCAGGGCCAGGGUGGCCGAGCUCAACUUCCACUCGGAGCACGUGCCGCUCGUGGUCCUCCUCUGCGUGACGCCUGGCGAGGGCGACCUAGAGAGGCUGCAAGAGUUUGCCGGGGCAGCGAAGCUGCGCACGGGCGCUCCAGUCAGAGUCGUCGAGGCGGGCGACGACAGCGAGGACGGCCUCAUCCUCACCGUGAUCGACAUCGCGGAGUUGCUGCGGAGGCACAAGGGCGGGUGGAGCAGAAUCGUGGACAGCAGCGGAGGCCGCCGACGCUCCCAGUGCUGCGCACUGGUGUGA